AUGAACAGACUGACAGCCAAAGUGUCCCCCUCCGCACCGCCCGGCCCAGCAAGCCCCUCGACAGCUGAUCCACAAGGUUCUGCAGCUGGUGAUGGUUUUCACUGGAAUUCUCUCGUUGCUGCAAGGGCUUCGUUAGUGUGGCCACUGGUGCUCUGGGGCCACAGGUUGUCUCCCUGCUCUGUAGGUGAUGAGCUCAGGGACAGGCGCCCUCAGUCUGCGGUGCUGGGGCAAGAGGGCCACGCAGGGGGCACCAGGGGCUGCUGCCAGCGCUGCCCGCUGAGGAUCUUUAGAAAGGCUGUCUUGGGCUUGGUGCUGGGCAGCUGCGUAGCCCUUUCCUGGGCCGGCAGCACACACACCGCCAAGCUGGCCUUGCAGAGGCUGCAGGCGCCCUUCCUCAUCACCUGGUUCUGCUGCACCUGGAACCUGCUCUCCUUCCCUCUGUGCUACCUGGGUCACCUCGCUGGGCCAGAGAAGAAGCAGUGGCCCAUGAGCCGCUUCAGGCACUGCAGCAAGUUCCUAGGGGAAGAGCGUCUGACGGCACGUGUGGUGCUGCGUGGCGCUGCCCCUUUCUCUGCGCUCUGGAAUGUCUCCAUGUACCUGUACCUGCUGGCGCUCCGUCACAUCUCCGCCAGCGAUGCCAGCGCCGUCCUGUGCUGCAGCCAGGCUUUCGCCUUCCUGCUCUCUUGGAUUGGCCUCAAGGACACAUUCAUGGGCGUGAGGAUAGUGGGAGUGAUCCUUUCAAUCACUGGGAUUGUCAUGAUGGCCUAUGCAGAUGGUUUCCACAGCGACUCCAUCACUGGGGUGGCGCUGGGAGUGGGCUCUGCUUCCACAGCCGCCCUGUACCAGGUGCUGCUGAGGAAGCGUGUUGGGGAGGUGCAGCCGGGCACGGCGAGCGUGUUGCUUUCUUGCGUGGGCCUCUGUAGCCUUGUCUUCCACUCCUGGCUGUGUGCGCUUCUGUACCUGACUCACGUGGAGUCCUGGCCACCUGCUCGGAACAUGCCCUGGGAGAUGCUGUGUGCUCUGGCCGCUCUGCUGCUUGCAUUCAAUAUCAUUGUGAAUUUGGGCAGUGUGCUCACAUACCCCACUCUCAUCUCCCUUGGGGUCCUACUGAGCGUUCCAGCAAAUACAGCCGCAGACGUCUACCUGACAGCAACGUCUCAUGUCAGCGAGGUCAGAAUAGCGGCCGCUGGUAUCAUAGGAGCUGGGUAUCUCCUGCUGCUUCUGCCGGAGCACUGGGAUGACAGCGCCCGCCGGUGGCUCGGAGCCCUGUUGCACGGCAAGUGGAGAGAAGACGGCCUGCCGGGGGACGAGGGUGCCGGCGAUGGCGGGACGGCGUGUCGAACGAAGGCCAAACCCGCCAGUGCGGCAACAUUACCGUGAUGCUGCGGGAACGCUCAGGGAACUCGCAUCGUGAUGUCAUCUUACACAUUUAACUCUGCUUCAAGACGUAGCAAAACCGGACGACACCAUCCAAUCUGGGGAUUUUACGCAGUACUGUACAGAGUAACGUGACACGCUGUCCAUGUGCCUGUAUAUUAAACGUUCGAUGAAUCCUCGUCCUUUCUUUGUCCUCAUUUUCACAGUAAAAUGGCAGCUGAGGCGAACGUAACGUAACAAAUGCACGUUUAAACUUUAUGGAACCAGCCAGUUCACACAUAGCGGAAACGGGCCUUUCAUGGAUUUGCAUCAGAAAAUGCAAACUACCAUUGAAUUUAAUUGCCAAUUCAGCCGCACACUUUUUUUGCCACUGUUGUUACAAGUCAAUGUUUGUCACUCCUUAACUUAAGGGAAGUCAUCUCAGAGCGUGUACGUUAUUUCUAAAGCUGCAUGAUGAAUCACUCCGUUCAGCUCAUCUGCUGCGCAAAAUCCUUUUUUUUUUACGCUCCGGAUGCGGCGUCUGUUCGUGCUGAGAACUGCUGAGCGGAAAGAGCGGCGCGACCUCCGGCCUGCAGGGGGCGACAGAGCGCGGCCCCCGUCCUUCGGCGCGCUGAGCGUACCCACCACAGAAGGCCGCGGCGGCGGUUGCUGCUCAAAGGCGUGACUUGGAAGGCUGCGCACCUUUCCAAAAAAAAAAAAAAAAAAAA